AUGCCAGCCGCUGACACUGACCGCCCCCGCCCAAAGUCCGUCGAUCCAAAGAACAAGGUGUUUGCCCUCAUUCGAAGUCGAGCAACGGCCGGUCCGCUCGAGGAGCUUGCGGCAAAGCGCAAAAACAUCCACAUUGUCGUCACUGACAUGUCGAACCCGAGGAAAUUGGACGAGGCCGCCGCCGAAGUCGCCAAAGUGACGGGCGGGUCGCUUGAUGUCUUGAUUCUCAACGCCGGCUCCGCGGGGCCAGAGACCAGCACCCUACCGCCCAGUGCUUUUCACGGUAGAGAGGACGCCUUGGAGAACGAGAUUCACGAGAACAUCAAAAAUAACCUGCUCAGCAAUAUCUAUCUCGUCAACUGCUUCCUCGGUCUCGUGCGUAACGGCGUGGAGAAAAAGAUUGUCUUCGUUUCCAGCCAGUGUGGAGACGUCGAGUUCACCCGUGUCACUGGCCUUGCCACCCUGCUCGGGUAUUCCGUCAGCAAGGCCGGCAUGAACGUUAUCACCACCAAGUUCGGCGCGGAGUUGGCCCAGGAGGGCAUCAAGACGCUGUCGAUGAGUCCAGGCUGGGUGAACACAGAUGCCGCCAAAGCCGUCACAGGCGACCCGGAAAUCCGUAAAUUCAUGCUGAAUGCAUUCCAUAAGAUCGACCCGACCGUCGAGGGGCCGAUUUCGGUGGAUGAGUCGGUUACCGAUCAGCUUCAGGUGAUUCAGAAUUUGACGGAAGCGGACAGUGGGAAGUUUCUGACACAUCACGGAAAUCAUGAUGAGUGGUUCUAG